CUCCUUCACCACCACCCAGUGAUAUCAGCUGGUGCCUCUGUGAGAAAGUUCCACUUAGACACCAGGGCUUUAUCAUUUCCUUCUCUCGCCCGUCCAGGCCGCCAGCCGUCCCCAGGGUCCUCCGAGACCCGCCGGCUUCAAACAUGAACGCCUGCAGCGCGGCGAGGCUGCUGCUGUCGGGGCCCUUUCUCCUGGCCCUGGCCUCUGGCUACAACCUGGACGUGCGGCAGGUGCAGAACUUGUCCUUCCCUGACGCCGGCCGGCACUUUGGGUACCGCGUCCUGCAGGUCGGAAGCGGGGUGGUCGUGGGCGCUCCGGGCGAGGGGAGCAGCCCGGGAGGCCUCUACCGGUGCCAGCCGGACACCGGGCACUGCCUGCCGCUGGGCGUGAGCGGUUCCAACGACACCUCUCAGUACUUGGGGAUGACCCUGGCGACAGACCCCACGAAUGGAAACCUUUUGGCCUGUGACCCCGGGCUGUCCCGGACCUGCGACCAGAACAUCUAUCUAAGCGGCCAGUGUUACCUCUUCGGCCAGGACCUGCAGGUCCCGGUGCUGCGCGGGCGCCCGGGCUACCAAGAAUGUCUCAAGGGCAACGUGGACCUGGUGUUCCUGUUUGACGGCUCAGCGAGCCUGGCAGCAGACGAAUUUCAGAAGAUCCUGGCCUUCAUGAAGGACGUGAUGAAGAAACUCAGCAACUCGUCCUACCAGUUUGCUGCUGUUCAGUUUUCCUCAAACUACAAAACAGAAUUCAAUUUCUCGGAUUAUGUGAAUCUGAAGAACCCUGACGUCCUCCUGGGCAAAGUAGUUCAUAUGAAACAGCUGACCAACACCUUUGGCGCCAUAAACUAUGUUGCGACCGAGGUCUUUCGGACGGAACUUGGGGCGCGGCCAGAUGCCAGCAAAGUGCUCAUCAUCAUCACUGACGGGGAAGCCACUGACAUCGGCGACAUCAGCGUGGCCGAUGACAUCACCCGCUACAUCAUCGGGAUUGGAAAGCUAUUUCAGAACAAGAAAAGUCAGGAGACACUAAACAAAUUUGCUUCAAAACCCGUGAAAGAGUUUGUAAAGAUUCUGGACACAUUUGAGAAGCUUCAAGAUCUGUUCACUGAUCUGCAGAAGAAGAUCUAUGACAUUGAGGGCACAAACAAACUGGACCUGACGUCCUUCAACCUGGAGCUGUCCUCCAGCGGGAUCAGCGCUGCCCUCCGCGGGGACCACGGUGUGGUGGGGGCGGUCGGCGCCAAUGACUGGGCUGGGGGCUUCCUGGACCUGGAGGCAGACCUGCAGGGCGACACCUUUGUCGGGAACGACCCCUCGAUCCUGGAGGCGAGAGCGGGGUACCUGGGCUACACAGUGACCUGGCUGCCCUCCCGAGGGCCCGCCGCCCUGCUGGCCGCUGGAGCCCCCCGAUACCAGCACGUGGGGCGGGUGCUGCUCUUCCAACAGUCGGGGGACAGAAGACAGUGGAGCCAGAUCCAGAGACUAGACGGGGCCCAGGUCGGCUCUUAUUUCGGCGGCGAGCUGUGCGGCAUUGACACGGACGGGGACGGGGAGGCGGAGCUGCUGCUGGUCGGAGCCCCCCUGUUCUACGGGGCGCAGAGGGGCGGCCGCGUGUUCAUCUACGAGAGGAAGCAGUCGGGGUUCGAAGCGGCCUCGGAGCUGCAGGGGGACCCCGGCUACCCCCUGGGGCGCUUCGGAGCAGCCAUCGCGGCGCUGGCGGACAUCAACGGCGACGGGCUGGUGGACGUGGCAGUGGGCGCCCCUCUGGAGGAGCGGGGGGCUGUGUACCUCUUCAACGGGCAGCCUGGCGGGCUGAGCCCCAGGCCAAGCCAGCGCAUAGAAGGGGCCCAGGUGCUCCCCGGAAUUCAGUGGUUCGGACGCUCCAUCCACGGCGUGAAGGACCUUGGAGGGGACGGCCUGGCAGACGUGGCUGUGGGCGCCGAGGGGCAGGUGAUCGUGCUGAGCUCCCGGCCCGUGGUGGACGUGGUCACCCGGAUGUCCUUCUCCCCCACCGAGAUCCCCGUGCACGAAGUCGAGUGCUCCCACUCCAGCAGCGGCAAGAGGAAGGACGGUGUUAACAUCACCGCCUGCUUCCAGGGCAAGCUCCUCACACCCCAGUUCCAAGGACCGCUGGUCACCAACCUCACCUACACUCUGCAGCUGGACAACCAUCGGGUGUGGAGCCGGGGCCUGUUCCCGGGAGGGAGGCGUGAGCUCCAUGGGAACGUAGCUGUGACCAGCGUCGAGUCCUGCAUUGCCGUCUGGUUCCACUUUCCGGUAUGCAUUCAGGACCUCAUCUCUCCCAUCAAUGUCUCCCUGAACUUCUCUCUCUGGGAGGAAGAAGGGACUCCGAGAGACCAGAUGACGCAGGGCAAGGACAUCCGGCCCAUCCUGAGACCAGCGCCCCACUUAGAGACCAAGGAGAUCCCUUUCGAGAAGAACUGUGGCGAGGACAAGAAAUGCGAGGCCAACCUGCGGCUGUCCUUCUCCCCCGAGAGAUCCAAGGCCCUGCGGCUGACCCCCUCGGCCAGCCUCGCCGUGGAGCUGACUCUGAGUAACUCGGGCGAAGACUCCUACUGGGUCCAGCUCCGCCUGGCUUUCCCCUGGGGACUGUCCUUCAGGAAAGUGGAGGUGCUCAAGCCCCACAGCCAGCUGCCUCUGAGCUGCCAGGAGCUGCCGGAGGAGGAGCCCCGGCUUCCCACCAGAGGCCUCUCCUGCAACGUGAGCUCUCCCAUCUUUAAGGCCGGCAGCUCGGUUGUUAUCCAGGUGAUGUUUCACACGCUGCUGAACAGCUCCUGGGGGGACGCCGUCACGCUGCACGCCAAUGUGAGCUGUGACAACGAGCAGCCGGGCCUCCUGGAGGACAACUCAGCCACCACCAGCGUCCCAGUCCUGUUCCCCAUCAACAUCCUCACGGAGGACCAGGAAAGCUCCACACGCUACAUAAUCUUCACCCCCAAGGGGACCAAGACCCACCAGGUCAAACACGUCUACAAGGUGAAGAUCCAGCCGUUUGUCCAUGACCCCCACGUGCCCGGCCUGGAGGCCUUGAUCAGGGUGCCAGGGCCUCCAAGCGAAGGGCCCAUCAAACACACGUGGGCCGUGCAGAUGGAGCCUCCUGUCUCCUGUCACAGUGAGAGCCUGGAAAGGCCACCCAGCGUGGCUGAGCAGCCUUGCCUGCCUGGAGCCCAGUUCCGCUGCCCAGUGGCCUUCCAGAGGGAGAUCCUCGUCCGAGUGACCGGGACUGUGGAGCUGGUGGGGGAGAUCAAGGCCUCCUCCAUGAUCAGCCUCUGCAGCUCCCUCUCCGUCUCCUUCAACAGCAGCAGGCACUUCCACCUCUACAGCAGCAACGCCUCCCUGGCCCAGGUCGUCCUGAAGGUGGACGUCGUGUACGAGAAGGACAUGCUCUAUCUCUACGUGCUGAGCGGCGCCGGCGGGCUGCUGCUGCUGCUGCUGAUUUUCCUGGCGCUCUACAAGGUCGGCUUCUUCAAGCGGAACCUGAAGGAGAAGAUGGAGGCCACCGCCGAUGCCGCCAACGGGGUCCCCGGAGAAGGCCCGGGGCAGCUGGCGUCUGAGGAAGAGGCCCCGGACCCGAGCUGCGUGGAUCUCCUCCCCAAGGAGACGGCCCUGGACGGAGGCGGCACAGACUGAGCCAGGCUGGCGCAGAGGGCCGGCGCCGGACUGGGGUGCUGGUGCCACUCUGCUCUGCCUGCAUGUCACUGUGUCCUCUAGUCCAGCAGUCGCCAACCUUUCGGACCUCGCAGACCACCAGUUGGCGACCGCUGCUCUAGCCAGUCUGCCCCUGCUCAGCCCCCUGUUUCAGUCUUGAACAUGAAGCUCACUCCUGCCUGCCCCCAAGGGACUGGCCAGGAAGCUGCCAAGGUGAGGCCUGUGGUUACCGGCUGGUCCUGCUUGGCUUCCUCCCUGGAAGAGCGGCUGAUCUAAAUUUGGAGAAAUGGUGACACUGCCAGCCCUCAGCCCACCUGCCCGCGGCCUGCAGAGGCCUCGGGCUGCCAGAGCCUUGCCCGCUCUCUGCUGCCCGGAGCCCGGCCUCCAUUCCGCGCCCGAGAGCAGAUCUGCCCCGGGUCACCGCUCCUGCUGCAAACCCUGUGCUUUAGCUAGAGACCGGAUUCCUUCCUGUGCCUCCCAAACCUGCAAAACAGCCUCAGGGUGCACCCGCCAAAGGGCCCCCUGCCUCCCGCCUCCAGCAGAGCCCUCCCCCCUCCCUGCUAAGCUCCGGUUACACAGCUUUGUCCUGCCUCACUGCCUUCACCCAGCCUGCUCUGCCCCCUCAUUCCUCCCUCUUCCCGGCUGACUCCCAUCCAUCUUCAGAUCUCUCUUUGAAUGCUUUGUGUCUUACUCUGUUCUCUGCCCCAGGGCAGCCCGCCCUGGCUUGUCUGGGUUCCCACACCAUGCAUGCUGACGCUGGCCUGCAAUUAAUUGUCCGUCAGGUGUUCAUUGUAAAGGAUUUAUUUCCUAUCCUCGUCUCAGAUCCAGCAGGAGCUCCAGGCUAGGCACCGGACCUGGAAUCCUGGUGAUAUCACAGGGCUGGCACGGAGUAGGUGCUUGACACAUGUCACUCCGUUAAGCAGGGAGCCUGUGGGAGAUGGAGGAAGUUUGGAUGGGGCCAUGGCAUCCCUCUUAAGGCUCAGCCUUCCACAGCGCCUACUCCACAGCCCCGCAGGACUCGGUCACACCCCACUGGCUCCCCUGUGAGACCUAAGCUCAGGGUGGGGACCUGGGAAAGCCAAUAAAUGGGAAAGUCUGUCC